AUGACACGUAAUGGCGACAAAAACACUUCCGGCCCCUGCACCUCGAGCCCUGUUCAUUUAUUAACUUUCAACUUCCGGUUGAUCCUUCUUUUCGGCUACGGCUACAAACUCGCCAAGAUGCCAGUAAGUGCGCACACAGGCUAUAUAACCCUUGCUUCAGUUUGGGAAAUUUGUUUGGGCGGGACAUGACCACAUCCAUCGAUGCAUUAGAACUUUGCGAAUAUUCCGAUCUAUUUAUAUUCAGGAUUAGUCUAGCAAUGGAUAGCUAAUGCAAUCUUGAACUGCGGGCCAAGCGCGUGCUAUGGGCUUUGCUGAAUUGACGCAAUAUGGCGGCGUACAUGCAAUAGAAAGCAUGGACUGACAUGUAGCUAGCUAACUACUUUGAUGUUUUAGUGAUUGUUUAUAAACAUUUGACAGCGCUUGUACACGAUGCAUUUUGACUAGAUAUGCACAUUCAUUGACUUAUGUUUGAUAGUGGACUUACGCAUGUUUUAGCCAAACAAGCUAACGGUAACUAGCAUAGCCUAGUCUACUGUAAUUACUAGCCAUGAGUUUACCCAACGAACAUUUGUCAGACAUGUCAAAUAUGUUUGAUGAUACUUAUCUUAUGUACACGUCUCCUGUAUGGACAUUGUUUUAACUUGUUAACUAGCUAGAUUAUCAAUUGGACACCCCCAUCUGCAUUUUCUAAGAUGGCCACCCUCUGGUUUCUCUUUUCUUCAGCUCGCAAAGGACCUGUUGCACCCAACCUCCGAGGAGGAGAAGAGGAGUCACAAGAAGAAGCGUCUUGUACAGAGCCCUAACUCGUAUUUUAUGGAUGUCAAAUGUCCAGGUUAGUGUCUCCCUGUAGCCUGGCUAGAAGUGGCUCCCUGUAGCCUGGCUAGAAGUGGCUCCCCGUAGCCUGGCUAGAAGUGGCUCUCCGUAGCCUGGCUAGAAGUGGCUCUCUGGCACAGCUCUAGGAUCAUCUCACCCUAAACGUUACCUAAACUGACCUUGGUUUAUUAUCUAGGGAUGUGGUUUGCCUGUCUUUAUUAAAACUGGUCAGUCCACCAAAGAGAGAGUUUGCAUGGCUAAUGGAAAGUCAAUGUGGUCCCGUGUGGUUCAGUUGGUAGAGCAUGGUGCUUUAAACGCCAGGGUUGUGGGUUUGAUUCCCAUGGGGGACCAGUAUGAAAAUGUAUGCACUCUACUAUAAGUCACUCUGUGUAAGAGUGUCUGCUAAAUGACUUGAAUGUAAAUCUAGUCUGGUGGUUAUUGAUUCAUCACUGAGACUGACUUGUUUCUAGGGAGAUGUGUAGCGUCUUGCCUUUAUGUGUUGCCCGUUCAUUGUCUCCAGAGUGAAUGAGGUGUCAACCAAGGCAUACAGUAACCUUGUUGGUUGUCUUUGUUUGGAAGGAGUCUCCACUGAUUCCUUUUAAUAACUGCAAUUGCAAGAACACAACAGUAAUUGGAGAAUAUAAUGUGUGAUUUGUUGGGACUGAAAACAUGAGUAAGUCGUUGAGUUUAGGACAUUUUGAGGCAAAUUUAAUUCAUAUUCUGAAUGUGUCUGAACUGUUCUCUCUACAGGAUGCUAUAAGAUCACGACAGUGUUCAGUCACGCCCAGACCGUCGUCCUGUGUGUCGGAUGCUCCACAGUCCUGUGUCAACCUACAGGGGGUAAAGCACGCCUCACAGAAGGUACAAUACUACACACACUCAGCCUUCCACACAGAGUAUCCAGGAUGGAAAAAUACUGAUGUUGGACAUAAUUGUUGCCUUUAUGUGUUGCCCAUUCAUUGUCUCCAGAGUGA